AUCAUCCGGAAAUUCCGCUUCCGUGAAUAAUUACUGGCCUCUAAUGGCCCACGCCUUUAAUACCCCUAUCUUUCUAAUUUGGUCCUUUUCCCCUUUUGCCUUUUAUUAUCAGCUUUAUUCUGCAUGUGAAAUGGAAGACAUUAUGAUAUAUUACUGCUCAUGAAAUGUUUCAGUUUUGUAAUUUUAAUAUUUUACAAAGAACAUAAAUUGGCUUUUUUUUGGGGGGGGGGGGAAUAUCAUAUAUAAACAAUAGAAAGUACUUCUCGUUUCAUUUAAAACUUAAGAAUCAGUAGGAAAAUAAUAGUAACAAUAAUGAGAAGGGAAGAACAGGGAAGAUGCGGUUGUAGCGUUAGAGGUCCAACCGCGUGACAACUUUAUUUAGCUGAAGCCGUGAAGACGCACGCAGAAGCAUUGGGCAGGAAGAUGGAUAUGCCAUUUCUGAAACUGCUAUCCUGCUUUCUGCUUCUCUCCUCCUUCGAUCUGGCUUCUUCUGAAGUUGACAGCCCUGCUUACUUUGACCACAACUGCACAACCAAUAAAAACUUCACUUCCAAUAGCCCCUACCAGUUCAACCUUAACACUCUCUUCGGUAUCUUGUAUAAAAAGGCCGCCGGCGGUGAUACUCCCGAAUUUUUCAACACCAGCUAUGCCGACGUCGUAUAUGGCGAGUUCAUGUGCCGAGGUGACGUCCCCAUUCAGGUCUGUCGAGAUUGCGUUCAGGAUGCCAUAAAUCGAAUAGCCUCAGAAUGUCCCUACAACAAAGAGGCAGUCAUCUGGUACGACCAGUGCUCCCUCCGCUAUUCCGAUCGUUCUUUCUUCUCCACCCUCGAUCAACUGCCUAGAGUUAGCAGCCGGUUGGUGGACGUGGUCCCGAUAACCAGCUGUACUCUUAACCCAUCAUCAUCAUGCAGCCAGAUUCCAUCCCAUCCAUAUGACAGAAAUCAAACAAGGAUGGAGGACGUGAGGCCGACAAGGAAUAAUUCAAACCCAGAGGCAUACGCAGAAUUAAAUAAGACGUUGAAUGAUGCGGUGGUGGAGGCAGCAACGUCAGGUGCCAAGAAAUUUGCAGCGAAAGAAGCAAACUUUAGUGGGGGAUCGCUGUACACUCUUGUACAGUGCACGCCGAAUCUGUCCCAACAAUUCUGCAGCAAGUGUCUAUAUGGCAUCAUGAAUCUUCUUCCAAAAGAAAAUACUACACGCAGAGGAAGAAUUCAGAAUCCGAGCUGCGGUUUGAGAUUCGGAGAAGACCGAUUUUAUUACAAGGGCGACCAGCCUCCCUCCACUGCAUCUGAAGGGCUUGGACGUCCUGAUCUUACAGGCAGCAACUGCUCGACCACCGAAGCCGACGAUCAGUACCUAAACAACCUCAGAAAUCUCACUCAACAACUCUCCAAGGCAUCCAACGACACCAAAAACAAAGGAUUCUACAGCACCAGCGUCGGAAACAAGCCGGACACCAUCAACGGCCUCUUCAUGUGUCGGGGAGAUGUGCCCCUUGAGCUCUGCCAUGAAUGCGUCAAUGAGGGAAUCGAGCAACUAAACUUUUCGUGUCCCAAUUCAAAGGAGGCUAUCAUAUGGUAUGAUUUGUGUAUGCUUCGCUAUUCCAAUCGCUUUUUCCUCUCUACCCUGGACACACUGCCUGUAUAUACAAAACCCGGUGGGGAUAUGCUUGAAAACGAAACAAAGACCUUCAAUCGGCUGUUAGGGAAUACAUUGAAUGAUCUAGUGGCGGCAACGACGAACUCAUCAGAGAGUGUAGGAGUGAAAAAUUUUGAGACAAACACAAAAUCCAGCGAUUUAGAGUUGAAAACGUUGUAUACUCUUGCACAAUGUACUCCAAACCUGUCCAGCCAAGACUGCAGAAAAUGUCUACAAGGUGCUUUGCAAAAUAUCAUGUCAUGUUGUUCUGCAAAGAAAGGAGGACAGGUCAUGAAUCCUAGCUGCAACUUGAGGUUUGAAUCGUACAUAUUUUAUAAUGACAGUAAAAAUGUUGUUUCGGUGCCACCUGCGUAUCCCCCAGAUGAUACAGGUCCCCCAGGAAAUCCAGGAGAAGAUAACGACCACUCACGAACAAUUAUAAUAGCGGUGGUGUCUGUCACUAUUGGCUCAAUCAUGCUCCUUUGUUUCGGCUACUAUUACUGGCAGAGAAAAAGGAGCAAGAGCUAUAAGGAGAUUCUGAAGAAAAACUUUGGAAGUGAAGGAGCCAUGUUAGAGUCAUUGCAGUUCAAUUUGGCAACAAUUGAAGCUGCAACAGAUAAGUUCUCAACUGAAAAUAGAAUAGGCAAAGGUGGAUUUGGAGAAGUCUUCAAGGGCAUUCUUCCCGAUGGCAGCAAAAUAGCUGUAAAGAGAUUGUCAGAAAAUUCUAGUCAGGGCUUAUUAGAAUUCAAGAAUGAGGUUCUAUUAAUUGCCAAACUUCAACAUAGAAACCUGGUGGCACUAUUAGGAUUUUGCCUGAAAGACGAAGAAAAAAUACUUGUUUAUGAAUAUGUUCCCAACAAGAGUCUGGAUUACUUUUUAUUUGGUUCACAAAAGCCAAGAACGUUAAAAUGGCUUGAGUGUCAUAAAAUUAUAGGAGGAAUUGCUCGAGGAAUUCUUUAUCUCCAUGAACAUUCACGUCUUAAAGUAAUACAUCGAGAUCUCAAACCUAGCAACAUAUUGUUAGAUGAUGAGAUGAAUCCAAAAAUUUCUGAUUUUGGCCUUGCAAGAAUGGUUGGCAUUAAUGAAACUAGGGGAAACACAAAUAGAAUUGUUGGAACAUUGGGUUAUAUGUCUCCAGAAUAUAUUAAGUUUGGACUAUUUUCUGAAAAAUCAGAUGUUUUCAGCUUUGGGGUGAUGGUUUUAGAAAUCAUUAGUGGAAAGAAGAAUAUAAAUUCUCAUCGUCAAUAUCCUGAAUCUCAAUAUGCUGAUGGACUAUUAAGUAAUGCUUGGAAGCAUUGGAGGGACGAAAAAUUGAUAGAGAUGUUGGAUCCAAAUCUGACGGAAGCUGGGUCACACAGUGAAAUAAUCAGAUGCGUCCAUAUCGGCUUGUUGUGUGUUCAAGGAAAUCCAGAAGUAAGGCCUUCCAUGAAUGAAGUUGUUCAAUAUCUAAGUAAUGAUUCAAUUCAACUACCAAUUCCUCAAGAGCCAGCAUUCUUCAUACAUAGUCAAAUGGAACCAGUAGCAACCACUACAAGUAUGGAGGGUCAGCUUGCCAACCACAAUCAAUAUUCCAUCAAUGAAAUGUCGAAGAGUACACUAUUUCCUCGUUAGAUCGGAGUAGAUCAGACUUCAACUUUUGUUUUUCUCUACUCUGGGAAUUGAUGGUUUGUAUUUUGUUUUUAAAAUAUUUGUGCAAUAACAAUAUAAAUUUGACCAUUUCAGAUUUGGAUUUGUUUUUGGCC